GUUAACCAGAUUAUCAAAUAUCAAAUAUAGGCCUAGACUAAUUCUUGAUAUUAUAAUUGCAAUUAUAAUUUUGAUUUAAUAGAGCUACUAUUAAGCUAAAUACAUAUUUUGUGUGGGCCUAUUCUUUUACUGGAUGUGGACAUUAAGCAUGUUAUGGUAUAAACUUUACCUUGAAUUAUGUAGCUGUAGCAGCUCAACAUGUUGCGGUCAACUCAGGUUAAUUUCUUCAGUUACAUAACCUGCUCCACUCCCAAACAUCUAUAGUAAAAACUAUAUCUGUAGUCACGUCACCCUUAACAUAUUUUGUUACAGAGGCGGGUUGGUCUGGAGGUGUAUUUUUAGCAGCACAGACACUUCUGAAUGAUCAUAGAGACACACUGCUGCCUGAAGUAUUCCUGUAAUAUUUCUAUGAUCCUUUCGCUCUUCUGUGACUACACGUUGCUACUUGUCACUUUGAUCAUGGUGACACUACUCUAUAGAGUAUAUGGGGUAUAAUACAAUACAGAAUUGAGUAUUAUAGUAGAGAGAAUAUUAUCAAUCCAAGAUGAAACUGAGAGGAAAAGGCACAAUUACAAAUUCAUUUGCUACUACAGAACCACGGACAGCACCAUGGAUUUAUCAAUACACAGCACAGUUCGGCUGCUGAUAUUUCAGAGCCACGGUCGGGGGGCAUAGAUUCUAACUUCAAACCUCAGUCAGAUAAAGGAUCAAUGAGUCAGGUAGACUAGACUAACAUUCAACUAAACAAACCCUCUGCCCCUGUAUUUUCUCUGCUACUAGAGGAUGGAGAAGGGGAGGAUGGCAGGUUAACAAGGGGGGAUAGCAUCGCCCCUCAUCCCUCCUCAAAUCACCUACCGGGUUUGUGCCUAUUUUUCAAAAACCUAUUAAACAUUUUCAGGGUUAUAAUUUGCUGUAGUCACCUGCUUUACCUGAGUCAUGUAAAUGGCCGCAGGUUAGUUGUUUUUCAAGCACCCCUCUCAAUACCCAUGAGUGAGCCUAUUCCCCUGAAUAAUAGUUUGAUAAUGAAGCACACUCCCCAGAUGGAUAACAUUUACAGUUGUUUCCAUGCUCCUCUGGGUCAAUAUCACUUCCCAAUAGAUAGUGCACAGAUGUUCGCUCCACUUAUGAAUUAGUAUGUUUGUCUGAGAAUCAUUUGCAUGAAGGCAAACAUGGAUCCCUCCUAAAGAUGUCAGCUGAUACAGCAUAUCUAUGUUGACACUAUAUAGAGCAGUAGGAGCGUGUUGUGCUUCACUGACGGUCCAAAGGAUGAAUGUCUCACACUUAAACGUCUGCUGCGCCUUCGAGUCUCCCAUCCUGGACCAGGUUUUGCCUCCGAUACUGAUCCUGGAGUUCAUGUUUGGACUGAUUGGGAACGUCGUCGCGCUGUGGAUGUUCAUCUUUCACAUGGACGAGUGGAAGCCCAACGCUGUGUACCUGACUCACCUGGCUGUCGCCGACUCCAUUGUGCUGUUCUGCCUCCCUUUCAGAGCAGACUACUACAGGCGGGGGAAGAACUGGGUCCACGGCGAUGCCAUGUGUCGUAUGCUGCUCUUUCUGCUGGCAGCCAACCGUGCCGCAGGGAUCUUCUUCCUCACGGCCGUGGCUGUUGACCGAUACUUCAAGAUUGUCCACCCGCUGCACCGGAUCAACCGAAUGGGCCUUGGCUAUGCUCUCUGGGUCUCCCUCGGCCUCUGGGGCCUCAUUGUUCUUGCCACCGGGUACCUCCUUGCUGAUGAGCACUUCUACCCUAACGGCAACCGUACGCAGUGUGAGAGUUUCAACAUUUGCAUGGGCUUCACUCCUCUCUCCACCUGGCACAACACUUUCUAUGUCAUCCAGUUUUUCCUGCCCUCCGCAAUCGUCGCCUUCUGCACGGUCAGAAUUACGUGGCAGCUGAGGAUCAGGACUGUGGACAAAAAGGGGAAAAUCAAACGGGCCGUUCAGUUUGUCUUGGCUGUGGCUUUGAUCUUUAUUACUUGUUUCUUCCCCAGCACUAUAUCGCGCAUUGCUGUCUGGAUCCUCAAGGUAUGGUACACCGAAUGCAAAUACUUUGCGGAGGCCAACCUGGCGUUCUACACGUCUGUGUGUUUCACUUACUUCAACAGUGUCCUCAACCCUGUCGUCUAUUAUUUCUCGAGCCCUGUCUUCAGCGGCACCUUCAACAGGCUCCUGAAUAAGCUGCUGAGAAGGAAAGAGGACAAAGAUGUGUCAGAGUCAAAUAAAAUUUCCACCAUUGAUGGUAGAAAGAAUUAAAUGCUAUCAUUAUAGAUAUAUUACAUGAAUCCAAAAAGCAUGUUAAAGGCCUCGGUGUUGCUAAAAUGUAUAUAAUCCAAAUUUAUAACCUACUAUAAUGAAAUGUAGAGGACAUUUUGCUGUGUGAUUGUGAGCAAUUAAAUUACUAAUGUAAAAUAAUUAACAGCUUAGAGCUGUGCACUUGUGUUGGUAGAGUAUAAACCAGUGUGAGUGUAGUUGCAGUGUGGGAUUUAAAGAGCUGUUAACAAUUAAACAUAGACUGGAGUGGUUUUUGUAGAAAAUAAAAUAAAUCACCCACAACAACACUUUUCCAAUUGUCAAAAUAAUUGAACAUGUUAUAAAAUAUUUUAAAUGCAAAGACCCUAAGAUGUUUUAAAUUCCUCUUAUUGUCCGUGUCCUUGUCCUCUUGCCCUGUUUGUCUUUCAUAAGACUUGAUUGUAAUUUCAAUAUACAAUGUCUAACUUAGACAUUUUUUCCUUCCUGGUUUGUAAAACACAGUAGGUUCAGGGUUCGGGAAGUUCCAGGUUACAGGUUGUUAAGUUUGCGUAGUGGAAAUGCAGCUACUAUCUGUCCUAUAAAUGAUAUUAUAUAUACAGUAUAUCCAUUGUUCUUGGUAAGGUAGUAAAUAUAAUCAUGUCUGUUGUCAAUCACAUCCACUGCAAACAGAAAACUGAUUUUCUGCCAACCAGUAGAAAAAAUAUUUACAGUAUAAAUCAGAUGAACAAACAGAGGGAGUUAGAGGUGAUUUCAGCACUGUGAGGAAAUGUCAAUAAAUGCACAACUUGUACAUCAACAUAACUGGGAAAGUGUGUGAAAUGUUCAUAUAUUCUUAGAUGUAAAGUGUAAGGGGUUAGUGACCAUGCUAGUAAUGUCAUCAAAUUACAUAAAAGCAUGAAAUGUACAUUAUUGUUUUCUGCCUUUUGCCAUUCUGUGUGCAUAUAUUUUUGCUCAUGUAAAUUUCUAGUCUUUGUAUCCCGUCCAUCUUAUUUCAUUGUCAAAUAUCAAUUAAAGAUUAAAAUAACCAACAUAAAUUAUGUAUUAAGUUUGUGCCAUCAACAAUUUAUAAAUACUCCAUUACAAGUAAAAGUCCUGCAUGAAAAAUCCUACUACAGUAAAAGUACAUAAG